UUCGGGUCCGAAUUGCCACUUUCACCGGAACCCACCCAUGCACACCAGAUACUAUUCCACCUUGAUCCGAUUCCGUCUCCCCCUUCCCGCGUCCCGGUAUCCCAACUGCUUUACGAGGGUCCGAGGGUCUCCUAGAUCGAAGAGGUAGCAGACUGGUCGGUCCUAGUCGGUCCACAUCCUAGCUGCGACCAACAGCCACAACAUCUUUGACUGCCCUGAGAUUUUUCGACAAUCAUUCGCGCCUGUCUUCACAACUCUUCUUGCGCCCGGUCCGCCCUUCUAGCCGACUCUGCCUGCCACUUCCGACUGCCUACCUCCUGUCGCUUAGUGACAACCGCCGGCGCCGUUAUCACCUCGCCCAGCGAUCCAUCCGAGUCAUCGCAUUACACGGCGGCGCAUGCACCUUGAUCGACGCGCAGUGCCCGCUUGCGAACCGCGAACCUGAAUGCGACGAAGCCUGCCCGGUCCCGACCGAUCCUUUCUCAACGUCAUUCGCCUGCUCCCACGUCUCGACGGCUUCAACUACACAACAUCACGUCCUUGGUCUAUACGGUGGGAAAAGCCAUACUUCUCCUGCCGGUCAAUUUCGACUCUUUACUCCUCGACACGGAUGCUUUACAAUGUUUGAACCGCGACCAGCUUGCGUCUUCGACACGAAACACAUCGACCAUCGCAGCUGUUUUGUUGCGGCAUCGGUAAAGAGGAGGUGGUGCCGCUCGCCCUAAAAGAAAACCCCCAAAAGAAAAAAAAAAAGAAAAAAAAAAAAACCACAUGAGUUAUCUCUCCAGUUUGCACCGGUUCUUCCCAAUCCUUUCUUGACCUCGGGCACCCUUGGUCAGCAGACACCCAGAGAGAUGGAUUCUCUACACAUCACCGAGUUUGGUUCGGAGCGAUAUCUGGACAAGAUUAAUCGGCCGCAGACAAGCAUUACGCCACCACCUUCCACUGCCGCGCCGUCCUCACAGUUCCUUCUUCCUUUCAGAGGUGCCUGCCCUCCCGAAGCCGAAGAUGCAACAAUCAGGGCUAGCGAGCUGAAGCGUACCGAGAAGAAAGGCUUUCUCAGUUUUCGAAAGUUUCAUGCCAAGGCGACAUCGAGCUCUAACUCGUUGGAUCAAGGCGAACGUCGCUUCUUGGCCACAGAGCAGUUGCCCCGGCAGAGCACCUCAUUCGAUCGACAAUUCCACUUUUUGCCUACCGAGCUGCAAGUCGAGAUCAUUGCCUCACUCCCACUCUCUGACAUUCUCAACUUACGACUGGCAUCGCGGUCGCUACAUGCUUUGAUAUCGCUCAAUGAAGCCCCCAUCGCACGCCAUCAUCUCGAUAACCAUGUUCCAGCUUAUGCCAAACGACUAUACCCGCCCCCUGCACCAUCGGCCCUGAAUCUUCACUAUCUUUGCGGAAUAUGGCACAGGCUUCAUGUGGCUGCUAAGCUAUCUUAUUUGAUGUGUGAGUGGAUAUCGCGGGAGCUCUUCCUUCGAAACACUGAAGAAAAGAAAAAGGCAUUUGCGCCUCAAAGGGAACGGAUGCGAAGACGCCUGAUCCCCCUGCUAUUCACCAUCUUUCAUUUUUUCGAGAUCUAUCGAGAGCACCACCUAAAAUAUCUCGCCGAAAAUGACGGCAGGGGCCUUCUCCGAGAACCCUACACGAUUAACCCUAUAGAGGCCCAAAUUAUGAGUUUGUAUGAUGACAAGACCUUGCUUCGAGUACAUGAGGUAUUUCCUUUGGUUAUAUCCUCCUUCUGCCGGCGCCUUCGUCCGCCGUCGUAUGUCGGCCUAGUUGAAAGGUCGAUCAGGGGUUAUUUGAGGGACAAGCCGCCGGAUGAGGUGCAUGUUGCAAUCCUGUGCAUUGGGGGCCUCAGAGAGGUGGAAAGGAUAUGGGAGGUGAAAGGAUACAAUACAAGACGGGCGGCCGUGGAUAACUGGUAUACCUCCAUCACACGCGACACGGCCGAGCAAGAACCCAAGAAGAAACGGGGCAUGCUGGGGUUGAAACGCAAGAAGUCCUCCUUCGGUAUGGGAAAGAAUUCGUUAGGAGACGCGGUGGUGGCCAAUGCUCGGGUUUUCGGAGAAGCCAGUUUGGCGGCCAGAGAUCCGAUGAGCGAUCUCGUUUUCAACACUAGCCUAUCCACUGGCAGGCCUAUGGGGCCACUGGCCAGGGACCAGCUGAAGCUAUUGCUUUCUGACCUCCCAAUACUGCAAAAAAUCUUUCUGGAAACCGCCGAGGCCCUGAUCCUGGAACGGAAGAUAGUUGAACGUGCUUCUGAUAUUAAGCGCAACGCUCAAAUAUUCACCGAUCUGAUCUGCGAAGACAGGCUUGAAGAGGAAGACCAGUGGUGGUAUGGCACUGUUGCCCCCGAGUCUGUACGACCCAAUCUUGAGGCCAUCGAGGAGGAUGUCCUAGAAUGAGUAAGCUUAAUAGUCCAUUUACUUGUCCUGUCUCCGGUGCCCAACUACUGCAGCAGAAACAUGAAGGGUGUAUACUUCACAUACCACAGUAUUGGUCUUUUGUUUCCUCAUCCACACAGCCACAGUCCAGCGCAUACUGAGACGGCUUCACUAAGCGGAUGCCCAUGGCGUUUUUGAUCAAAUCUUUCUUAUUUGCACUUUGUACCAGGGUAUUCAUAUCAAAAGCAUUUGAAGGCGUUGCGUGUCUUUUUUUUUUUUUUUUUUUUUUUCCCAAUGGUAUCCGUAUCUCUUUGCUUUGUCUUCCUUUCAAAUUCCACAUGUAGCUUAGUUUACAACCGGUGUCUUUGAAUGCUAUACUAGAGCGAGACACUAAGAGGGCCACUUGUCAAAUUCCAUGUCGAACUUGAUGCGGCUUGAUCGGCUCAGAGUUCCUCAUACUUUCCUGGCGUUACAUUUCUUGUCGCAAAGCAUAUUAUUUAUAGCACGGGAUCAUAAUAAACAUAACA